AAGCAAAAAGCAAAAGAGAGGCUCUGAGAGAGAGUUAUUUGGAUGCCUGCUGUUGACUUUAACAGUUUCUAUCUUCUCUAUAAUUUAUAAUUUUCCUCUCAGACCUUUUUUGAUUUGUUUCACAUCAGCCUAGUUUCUUGUACAUGGUGAUUAGGUUUUUAGAUGGUUGAAAGCUAAGAGAUCUGAGAAAAGUUGUGAAAAUGAACAUAGUUGGUAUAAAUGGCAGGAUCGUCUUACUCAUGAUCAUUUUAACUACUUUUGAAGUUACAGGAAAUGUGUUAUUCUGGAAGGACACAGUCACAUUGCACUGUCCCAUGCCGGGAGAAUGGCAUCAACGCACAACAAAGUUGGAUGUCGAAAAAGACGAGUACCAUACUAUAAACGGGUAUGAAGAAGAGAACAGUGAAGUGUACAGUUGUGAAUAUGACGCUGGAACUGACGGUGUAACUGACAAAAGAACUUACACAUUUAUUUUUAAAGGAAAGGGUGGUAAAUACUGCUUUGAGGUGAAUACAUCCCUAAUUGCCGGGUUGAUCGUUGGGGACCUGCUGUUCACUGGAGGCCUCAUCGUGAUUGUGUACCUCUGGGCUCAGAAGAAGUCUGGACCUGCAACACCCCAAAAACCGACUUCACAGUCCGGAGGUCGUGCUCCAGCUGUGCCACAUCCUGACUAUGAGCCACUUAGACCUGGAAACCGCAGCAAAGAUAUCUAUGCUACCCACAGGAAUGGGUAGGAUGUCCCCUGAACAGACCACAGAUGUCCACCAGGAGCAGCAGACAGUAGCUCACAUAGCUGAGUAUGUUCUACUGGUUGUCAUUUCAUCUUGAGCUGAAUACUGAUCAAUGUUAAGGGGAUUCGUACAGUGCAUGAAGCCCACUAUGUUUCCAAAUACUCAUUGUCUAAUGAAAUCAUAGAAUCCUCAAGCAAAGAGGUGUUGCCAAAUCUUAUCUUAAGUCCUCAUAGGUGGACAUUGUUGUAUUUUAUUAAAAGAAGAAAUUGGAGGACACUCUUGAAGGGCCGCGAUUGUACAAGACACACAGGCAAUGUGUUUUUGCAUUUUUCAGAGUAUCUACUGUUGCUUGUUGCUAGCAAAUCCCAAACAUUACUCAACUCAAGAUCAAAUGACAACAAGUAUCUACAUUUUCCUGUUUAAAACUCAUCUAAAUCUCACCCUGGCUAUCAAUGAAGAGAUUAGAAGGACUGUAGUGUUUAGCUUAGACGUUUAGAGCUUUUUGUUUGAUGUGCCUGAGUGGGAUUUCAUGCCUGAGUCCAACUAGAUUUUGAUAGUCCUGCUCCCCUUAUGACCAUUGUAAAGACUUGGUGAUGUUUGCUUUACUGAAAACAUUUACAUGAAUUUGAUUUACUAGUACAAACUGAUGUAGGAAAAGUUGUAUCAAUGUUAGAUGACACAAAUUUUGUAUAUUAGCAAUUAUACACCUCUACUUUCCACUGAAUCACAUACCUAAUGGUAAGCCACCACUGUCAUAACGAGGAGAUUAUUGUUCUACUAAGCACAGUAUCAUGGAACUCUGUCUCCAAGGUAGUAAGCAGUGUUUCAUCUUCAGAGUCUCCUCUCGAGAACUAAGACACAGACGCACUUCCGCCUAGUCAGCCGCUCUAACUCCCACGGUAGACGAUGGCUGAUUGGCCGGGUCUCUCUGUUGCUAAUCAUGAUGAUCUCAUUGGAACAAUUUUGUGUUUUUGGGUGUAGACAGGCUUAGCGGAAAUUAUUUUCAAAUGUUUUGGGUCACAACAACUUCUUAUUGCAAGAUUGCAGGGGAAACGUAUGUCUACACUGGUAUUUGAUGUGUAUUGCAGUAGGCCGCCUGUUUUUUUGUCUCUCGUGUGAAAACAAUAAAGACAACUUUCCAACACUGAAA